AUGUACAGUGUGGCCCGAGGCUGCGCCAAAGGAGAACUUGAUAACUGCGGCUGCGAUCGGAAAAUCCGGAUCAAUGAACCGACAGACGAUUUCGAGUGGGGUGGUUGUUCGGAUAAUGUCCGCUAUGGUAAUAAGUUCUCCAGAGAGUUCGUAGAUUCUGGAGAGACGAAAGAAGUACCAGAGGGACUUAUGAACCUGUGGAAUAACGAAGCUGGGAGGAAGGCUGUCAAAGCUAACAUCAAAAGAGUGUGCAAAUGCCACGGUGUUUCCGGUUCAUGUUCAGCGCGAAUAUGUUGGCGUAACAUGGAAAGUUUCCGGGCAACUGGCUCGUACCUCUUCAAGCGUUAUGACGGUGCCAGUCACGUGAAAAUGAGUCGUAAGAAGCACAAGUUAAAGCCGGUCAACAAGUUCAUGAAGAAACCAACCAAGAAGGACCUCGUUUACUUGAAACAAUCACCAGAUUUCUGCUUGAACAACACCAAGUACGGCUCGCUGGGUACGCGAAACCGUCGCUGUAAGCGAGACAGCGAUGGUUUGGAUGGUUGUGUCCUCAUGUGCUGCGGCCGGGGCUUCCAGACCAUCCCCAGGGUCAUAACGGAAGACUGCGAGUGUAAGUUCUACUGGUGUUGUUACGUACUGUGCAAAAAAUGCACCCACAGAAUGGACAUGCACUACUGCAACUGA